AUGAAUUCUACACAUAAAAAAAAUGAUGAUAUUAUCCGUUUGGAUGAUAUAUCAACAACAAAAUAUUAUGAUGAACAUGAUCAUAAUGAUAAGAGUCGAACAAAAUUUUCAUUAUCUCAAGAAUCAAUUGAUCCUGAUGAAGAAUUAACACAAAUUUUAACAACAGAAAAUCCAUAUGGAUCUAAAAGUUUAGUUAUGUUUAGUAAUCGUGAUAAACAAUUUGUACCAUUAGGAAAUAUGGAACAGCUUAUAAUACAUUAUUCAUAUGAAGGAAAUCUUAUACCGAUUGAUUCUGAUGAAGCUAAAAUUUAUUUACAAAAAGAAAAAUUUCAUAAAACACGAAUUCUUCCAACAGCAUUACUUGAUAUUUAUAAAACUAAGGACAAAUCAACAAUAGAAAUCAAACAAUCGAAUGAAAAUUUCGAAUCUGUCCAACCAACAGUUGAUGAAGAUGAACAACAAACUAUUACAAAUGAAAUAAGCGAACAAAGUGAACUCAAUGAAACGACUGAUGAUUUAAAAUCAAUUUCACAAGCUCCAACUUCAUCAUUAAUGGAAAAACCUAAGAAAAUACUUAAUCGUUUUAAUUUUUGUGAACAAGGCAUACAAACAUAUUUAAUACCAAAAAAAGAUAUUACAACUCAAACUGAUCCAAUAAUAAAUAAAAAAUUUGUUGGUCUAGCAAAUCAACGAAUUAUUUAUCAAGAAUAUACAAUUGAUUAUGAAAAACAACAAAAAAAUAAAAAUAAACGAAAACAAAGAAUGAAUUAUGGAUCAAAUAAAAAUAUACAAGAAAAAAAAAUUAUUAAAACUGAUCGUCUUAAACCAGAAACAAUUCUUAAACGUCAUCAAGUUCAAAUCUUAAAAGCAAUUGAACGUGUUUUAAAUCAAAAUCGAUAUCAAGAAUUAAUUUACAACUUCAAGUAUUUUGAAGAUAAAACAGAUGAAGUACGUGAUCCAAUGGGUACAUUAUUUCCAUUAUGGAAAUUUCCACCAUCAUUUGCUAAUCGAUCUGUUACUGCAUUAACAUGGAAUCCAGCUUAUUCAGAUAUGUUAAUAAUUGGAUAUGGACUUUAUGAUCGAGCUGAACGAAUACAAGGUACAAUUGCUGUAUUUACAUUAAACAAUAAUCAUCCAGAUACUUUAAUUCAUACUGAAAGUACUGUAUUAUCUAUUGAUUGUUUAUCUUCAAAACCAUAUCUUAUAUGUGUGGGAUUAAUGGAUGGUGAUGUGAUUGUUUAUGAUAUAUCAAUUCCAUCUGGUAAAGCUGUUUUUACAAAUACAUCUUACAUGUGUAAACAUUAUGGAUGUGUUUGGCAAGUUCGAUGGUGUAAUUUAUCUACUAAUCAUCAACCUCGAUUUUUUUCGAUUGGUUCUGAUGGAAAAGUAAUGCGAUGGACAUGUAUUAAAGGUGAAUUAAGACAAGUACUUUUAUUUGAUUUACCAAGUGCAACAAAACCUACACGACUUGAUGAUGGCACUCUUCUAUCGUUGCCAGGUCCGGCAAUAGCACUUGAUUUUCAUCGUAAUCGAAAAGAUAUAUUUCUUGUUGGUACAGAAGAUGGUAAGAUCUAUAAAGCAUCGACUAGUGAUCCUGGAAUUAUUGAUAUGACAUUUGAUGCUCAUGAUUUUGCUGUUUAUUCUAUUCAAUGGAGUCCUUUUCAUCCGAAUAUUUUUGCUUCCUGUUCUGCUGAUGGUACAGUAAAAAUAUGGCAUGAAAAAAUUACUGAAUGUUUAAUGAGAUUUGAUUUAUGUACAAGUUUACAAGAUAUUGCUUGGUCACCUUAUACAUCUACUAUGUUUACUAUAGCUGGAGCAGAUGGCAAAGUUUAUAUAUUUGAUAUUCAUUCAAAUAAACUAGAACCAAUUUGUGAACAACUAUUAGCAAAUGAAUCAGGAAAAACAUGUACAAAAAUUGCUUUUAAUCCUAUUCAUCCAAUUCUAUUAGUUGGUGAUCAAACUGGUUGGACUAUUUGUCUUAAACUUUCACCGAAUCUUCGAAAGAAAGCAAAAAUUCGAAAAGGCAUUGAAUUUGCAGAUAAUUAUGAACGUGAAUUUGAUAAACUUGCACAAGAAUUAUCUCGAACAGUAGCUGGAGAUUCAAUGAAUGAUAUUCUUAUUGAUCAAACGAAUGAUAUUGAAGAUUAA